GUCACAUGAUAUAUUCAAGUUCAAUUUUCUCACAUAUUUUCAAUAAAUUUCAAUUUAUAUCUAAUUUACGAAAAGUUUAAAGUUGUCUUAAGUUAAUUUUUUAUAGUUUUUCGAAGUUAAAAGUGAAUUUUUAAAAUGGUUGAUUGUGUUCAAAUUAUGAGAGAAAAUUCUCAAGCUUUUCUUUACAAUUUAAAAACAACGGAUUUCACUUUGAAACAUGGGACCAAAGGAUUUCUACAAGAAAAUGAUGGCUCCAUAUUGUGUUUAGAAACUGGAGAUGUUGAUGUAACUAGAGUUUUAUUAGCCCAAGUUUUAAUAAACUUCAAAACGGAUACCAUUUUAAAAGAAAAGUUAAACGAAAUUAUUUUCACUAAUUUCAAUAGUUUUAUUAAAUUGACUGCAGAAGAAAAUAAAAAAUUUUUGAAAAAUUUCCCUGAAUUGUUAGUUUGUAUUUUGGAUAAUAAAGAACAAUUAUUAAAUCAACAAUCUCAUAUAUUGGAAUCUUGGAUAAACAUUAUCAAAGAGAAUGGUAGAAAAAUCAUAUUCAUUAUGAAAAAUUCAAAACAUAUGGAAAAAACUAUGAUGAAUAAUGAAAUGACGAAUAUUUUUACAUUAAAAUUAAAUGAAUUGUGGAAAAAAAAUGAGAUAUUAUUGACCAAUAAUGAAGCCCUUUGUGAGAUUGAAAAUAAUUUAGUGAACAUUGAAUCAACUUCAGCAAGAGCCUUGGAUGAGUGCACGGAUAUUAAUUUAAAGGAAGUAGAAUCAACUGCAAAAACUUUAUCACAUGAUGAAGCAACAACAAAAGAUGCAGAUUUCAAAAUUUUUUUACAAUCACUCGGUUUAAAACAAUUGGAUGCUAUAGAUGAAAAUGGCAAUACUCAAUUACAUUUGGCAGCUCGAGAUGGAAAAAGAAAAAUUGUUGAAUUACUUUUAGUUCAUGAUGGAGCGAAAAAAGAUAUAAAAAAUAAUGAUGGUAAAACAUCUCUUCAUUAUGCAGCUGAAAAUGGCAGAAGUGCAAUUGUUCAUCUGUUGCUUGAAAACGGAUUUAAUGUAAAUGCCACUGACAAAUAUCGAAACACUCCACUUCAUUACGCAAGUUCAAACCAUAAUGACACCCAUUUGAUAGAAAUUCUUUUAAAAUUUGGUGCUGAAAUAGAAAGAAAAGAUAAGUUUGGUCGAACAGCUCUUCAUUUUGCAUCUCAGAAUGGUCACAGUGCAGUAGUAAAUUCAUUGCUGAAAAAUAGCGCCGAUUUAAAUGUUCUAGAGAAUAAUGGAGAUACACCUUUGCACUACGCCACAUCAAACAAUAAACCAGAAGUUGUUCUAUUACUUCUAGAACACGGCGCCCUUUUGAACAUUGAAAAUAAACAGCAACAAAAUGUUCUUAAUUUAACCAAAAAAUUGAAGAGAACCAAGAGAACUAGAAUAAUCCAAAUAUUAGAAAAUCAUGUCAUAACAAAAUAAAUGAUGUCAAGGAUGUUAAAAAUCUUCAGGCAAAAGUGGAUAACAGAAUAGAGAACAACGAAAAAUUAUUAGCACUUCUAUUCCCAUUUCGAUCAAGAAUCAAACAAACUUCAUUAUGUUUUUUUGUUUCAAUUUUUUUUAUAAUUUCUAAAUAUAGGUAUGAUGUUUCUAUUUCUAUAAUUCUCGUGUUAUUUGUAAUUUUCAGUCAGAGCGAAUUCCAUUGGUUGAAAACAAUCAGAAAACUAGUUUCAACAGUCUCGUUUCAACCAAUGAAAUUUUUUGAACUGCUUGAAAAAAUUCUAGAAUUUCUUACUCAAAAAAAGACAACACUAUUUAUCUAUGGAGAUUUUAAUGUGGAUUUGCUCUCAGUUGAUCAGGCUUCACUUGAGUUUGUGCAACUGUUAAACUCUUAUGGUCUAAAAAUACUAAUUGACAAACCAACUAGAAUAUCAAAAACAAUAAAAAGCAGCUGCUUAGAUCUUAGAUAACUGUAUCACCAACACAGAAAUUGAACCCCUUUUGGUCACUAUGGGAUCAGUGUUGCCAGGUUGCUUUCAUAAAGAGUAAUAGGUUCGUCUUAAAAAUGGUAAUAGAUUUUUUUUCAGCUGGCGCCAUAUAUGGGAGUUCAUGUAACCUUUUUUUUUAUCAUUAAUAAAUAUCUAAUAUUUGAGAUUGACUUUUGAUAGUGUUAUUCUUCUAUAAAAAAUAAAACUCGUGAUUCUUAAAAAAAAAAUUAUUGAGCAUAGCUUAAAAUGACAUUUUUACAUGUGAAACCGUCAUUUUAAGAUAUAGUUAUUGUUGAACCUCCCUUAAUAUGG